AGAGGUGCGCCCGGCCGCACCGUGCGAUCGCUUGCACUCCGACUCCGCACGCCGACCGAGCCGAGUGCGGCUCCGCGCGAGUGAUCCGCCGCCCGAGCGCCAGCCGCCCCAGCCCUGCCAUGCGCCGGCUCUGACCCUCGGCGCCGCUCCGCUGCGACUCACCAUGCCGCGAGUCAAGCCCGCCUGCGUCCGACGCGUCUCCAUCGGUGAAAGUUCGACGGGCUCCUGUUCGGAGGAAGAUAUUAACAAUGCCUUGCCAGAUGAAGCAAGAGAUCGCUCAGAGGCACACAUGUGUCCACGCUGUCAGGAACAAUUCGAAAAUCUUCACGAUUUCUUAUAUCAUAAGCGGCUUUGCGAUGAAAAAGCAAUGCAAAUGGGUGAAGAGAGGAUGCACUCCGAUCCUGAGGAUAUGGUAGUCUCGGGAGAUGAGGAAAUGGAUGGUCCUAAUAAGCGAUUAGAACAAGUGAGGAGGCAUCGACAAGAUGCAGAAAAUAAUAAUAGUCUCGAAGAUGGCGAGGGUGAAAUACCAGAAGCCGACGUACCACCCGUGGGCUUACCUUUUCCCUUGGCAGGACACGUAACCCUUGAGGCUCUACAAAAUACGAGAGUAGCUGUCGCCCAAUUCGCUGCCACAGCGAUGGCAAACAAUGCUAACAACGAAGCUGCCAUACAAGAAUUACAAGUGUUACACAAUACGCUAUACACGCUGCAAUCACAACAAGUAUUCCAACUUCAGUUAAUACGUCAACUUCAGAAUCAACUAUCGUUAACGCGACGGAAAGAGGACGAUCACCAAAGCCCACCGCCAAGUGAACCGGACCACAACGCCCCGUCUACGCCAGUUCGAACACCGUCGCCGCCUCGUCCGCCACGGGAGCCAUCUCCUGUUGUACCCUCUCCUCCUACUAGCCAAAGUUUACCGUCAACUCACACACAUCUUACACCCAAAACAGAGCCGAUUUCUAUUCCUAAAAUUCCGAACUCAUCGCCACCUAUGAUGUCCCAUCCACCCUAUAGUUCCAUUUCUUCAUCAUUAGCAUCCUCAAUUAUAACAAACAAUGAUCCUCCGCCGUCCUUAAAUGAACCAAAUACGCUUGAAAUGCUUCAAAAACGGGCACAGGAAGUGCUCGACAAUGCGUCACAGGGUCUGCUAGCAAAUAAUCUUGCCGAUGAACUAGCUUUUCGAAAGUCUGGAAAAAUGUCACCUUAUGAUGGAAAAAGUGGUGGUCGUAAUGAACCUUUCUUUAAACAUCGCUGCAGAUAUUGUGGAAAAGUAUUCGGCAGCGACUCAGCCCUUCAAAUUCACAUCCGUUCUCACACAGGGGAAAGACCGUUCAAAUGUAAUGUAUGUGGCUCUCGAUUUACAACCAAAGGCAAUCUUAAAGUUCAUUUUCAAAGGCAUACUUCAAAAUUCCCACACGUCAAAAUGAACCCUAAUCCUGUUCCGGAACAUUUGGAUAAAUACCAUCCACCGUUAUUAGCGCAAUUGUCACCGGGGCCUAUUCCUGGAAUGCCACCGCAUCCCCUUCAGUUUCCACCGGGAGCACCGGCUCCUUUUCCGCCAACCUUGCCACUAUACAGGCCACCUCAUCACGAUUUACUGCCUCCGCGCCCUCUGGGUGAUAAGCCACUUUCACAUCACCCGCUUUUUGCUAUGCGAGAAGAACAAGACGCGCCGGCUGAUCUCAGCAAACCUUCCGCACCGAGCCCUCCUCGACCCGCAUCUGAUAUUUUUAAAUCUGAACCACAAGACGAAGAGAGUCAACGAGAUUCAAGCUUCGAAGAGACUGAUCGUAUAUCACCUAAGCGAGAAAUUGAAGACAGUGACAUAGGGCACGAUGCAGAACAAGAUCGAUAUCCAUCGACGUCACCGUAUGACGACUGCAGCAUGGAUUCCAAAUACAGCAAUGAAGAUCAAAUCGGCAGAGAUAGUCCACACGUGAAGCCCGAUCCAGAUCAACCGGAAAAUCUCUCAAGUAAGACCUCAUCGAUAUCUGGACCAAUUUCAAUAGCAACGGGACUUCGUACUUUCCCUUCAUUCCCACUGUUUCCACACUCCCCACCCAGCAGUGUCUCUUCAGGUAGCCUUACUCCGUUUCACAACUAUCCCAGUAGUACCAUAGACAGUGAUCUCACUCGUGACCCUUUGUUUUAUAAUGCAAUUUUGCCGCGUCCCGGUAGCAACGAUAACUCUUGGGAAAGUCUUAUUGAAAUUACAAAAACAUCAGAAACUUCGAAAUUACAACAAUUAGUAGAUAACAUUGAUAAUAAAGUGUCUGAUCCGAAUGAAUGUAUUGUUUGCCAUCGCGUUUUGUCUUGUAAAAGUGCUUUACAGAUGCACUAUCGAACUCACACUGGUGAACGACCGUUUCGAUGUAAAUUGUGUGGCCGUGCUUUUACCACUAAAGGGAAUUUGAAAACUCAUAUGGGCGUGCAUCGUAUAAAGCCUCCUUCACAGUUAUUACAUCAGUGUCCCGUUUGUCACAAGAAAUUUUCGGACCCAACCAUGUUACAUCAACAUAUUCGUCUUCACACGGGUGAUAGAUGCAAUGUGUAUUUAGAUCAAGUUCGCGAUGCUGAAGUAAGCAAUUGUCAGUCAUUAACCGGUUCAGACGUAACUGAAUAUAACUCUUACCGUCCCAUCCCGCCUCCAAUGUUUCCCACUCCUUCCACUCCCGGCGACCGAAGGGCGGACUCCCGCGGAACCGACGACGAGAGCGGCCGAGACGAGCGCGAACCCGCUACUCGGGAGUUCGACGACGAACCAAAUAUCAAAGAUCGUCGAACUUCACCGCUCUCCGUCUGCGCCUCGGCGUCCGAAUUUGAAGUAAAAACCAUCACCACAACGGCUUCCCUCCCAUCGGCGACAGGUUCGGAGAGCGGGCGGAGUGCACGCGCGUCGCCGCCGUCGCCGUCGGCGCUGUCCACGCCGCCGCGACUGCCGCUGCACUCGCCGCUGCCGUCGCCGCCGACGCCGCUCGCCGCGCUCGGCGCUCUCGGCGGCUCGCCCUUCAGCCCGCUCGGACUUGCCUUUCCUCCCGCAGUGCGCGGCAACACAACGUGCACCAUCUGCUACAAGACAUUUGCCUGCAACUCGGCACUGGAAAUCCACUACCGGAGCCACACCAAGGAACGUCCAUUCAAGUGCACCGUCUGUGAUAGAGGCUUCUCUACCAAGAGCAGUGGCGGCGGUUGCCGGUGCGGAAGGCGCGCGCGCGCACCCCGCCCGCCGCACGCCACUGCUUUGGACCUCUGGAACGCCUUCGUCUACCCGGGCAACAUGAAGCAACACAUGCUCACACACAAGAUAAGGGACAUGCCGCCUGGUUUCGACAAAGGGGCGAGUGGUCCUUCGGGGCCGUCCAGCGAGGACGGUCGGGACCCCAGCCCAGACAGACGGUCUUCCCCCGAAAAAAUGGACCUGAAGAGGUCGCCGCCGGCGCAUCCUCCACCCCCAAUGUCACAUCCACCUCCUAUUGACAUGCCACCGCUACCGAAAAGGCCUAGUGUCGCCAGUGUCCCCAGUCACCCCCCACCUUCAGCAUCUUCGAAGCACCUGUGCGGCGUGUGCCGGAAGAACUUCUCAUCCUCGUCCGCCUUGCAGAUACACAUGCGCACGCACACGGGGGACAAGCCGUUCCGAUGCGCAGUCUGCCAGAAGGCGUUCACCACCAAAGGAAACCUUAAGGUGCACAUGGGCACGCACAUGUGGAGCGGCGGCGCGUCGCGGCGCGGGCGCCGCAUGUCGCUGGAGCUGCCGCCGCGGCCGCUGCACGAACCGCACGAGCUGUUGCGGCGCCCUGACCUGUUCUACCCCUACCUACCCGCGCCUUUCCUCAACGGCAUGCAACAGAAGCUGAACGAGAUAUCGGUAAUACAGCAGAACGCCGGACAGAAUGGCGUGGCUGGAAAAUUCCCCGGUUUACUCGGCUUCGGAGCGUUCGGGGCAGGACGACCGGGCGCCGCAUCUCCACUCGAAAGGCCGCCGUCGUUGGAAGGCGGAGACGAGCGACAAGCGGCGAUGCGGGAGCUGGCCGAGAGAGGGCGAGAACUCGCCGAGAAGAGUCGGCAAAUGCGCGAAGAAAGCGAAAGGGAGCAUUACAGAGCUGCGGGCGGACACCCCGCGCUCGCACCCAACCCCGCGCAAGCCUCACCGCCCGCGCCACAUCCGCAUCCGCAUCCGCUCGCCUCGCUGCCGCCGCCCGCGCGGACCGAGGGCCUCACCGUAUAAAACCACGGGUUGGAGACAAGUUGGAGAAUCCAAGCACAUUCCAGAAAACUCCGAUCAAGACUCAACGGUGAGCCCGCAGCGGCUGAUAUUGUGCGAGUUAUUGUCGGUGUUAUGAACUUUCUUAUAAAGUCAACUUAUCAUACUCUUGUACAAAAAAACGCGGUUCGAAAGACGAUGAACUUAUACAAAUAACGAAUCGAUCGAUGUUUCGUUUGAUAUCGUGUAAAUUCGUGUUGAAUGUAGCGCUGUGUAGCGAUUUAAUAUUAUACGCCUAGUAUUAUGUAUAGGUAACUUAUAUGCAGGAGUACGGGCCGGGGGCAAUCGGGACUCUCGAGUCCCGCGUUUAUGUCAUUACUCUGUGAUAGUGCGCGAUCGAGGGCCGCGCCCAGUACCGGGACGCCAGUCGGAACACUCGGUGGUUAGAUGGACUCACAUCUAUCGAAAGCGUGGCCCGAUGUGCUAUGACAUCAAAAAUUAUUAUAAAUUAUCCCAAAAAUUAAUUAAAUUCAUAAAUCUAUAUAUCUCUAACUGUAUAUAAAAUUGUAUGAUAAUAUUGUAAUGAAUGAAUAGAUAAAAAUUAUGACAUAAAUUAAUUAUACUAUAUUUAUCUAUACCUGUAACUGGAGUGCGAUAUGCAUGAUUUUCUCUUAAGGCACAUUCCAACGUGGGGAGAUUCUUUAGAAAGUACAUAGUGUUAUCUGUAAACGUAGGUCGUGAUGUAGUUAGUUAUCCAAUGCUACCUGUCACAAACUGAAAUCGGUCUCGAGUCUCCUUGUACUACGAAAUUUCCCACACAGAGCAGAAUCAAAAUGUUAAUGAAAGGAUUUACAUCAAACAGUCAAUAGUUUCCACUCUAGGUACUCUAAUCUCUAUAUCUAAUUAUUGUAAUAGAGGUUAAUGACAUAUUCAUAUCAUGUAAAUUAAAAAGUAUUUGCAUUUGAGGUCUAUAUAGAUUUAAGUGUUUAGAGUCAUAGCUAUUAUAUUGCUUUAGAAUACUUCGACAUAUCUUUGUAAAGUGUGAUCGACGAGCGAUUGAAAUACGAAGUCGGAAUAUUUUACUUUGUCAGUACUACUGAGCAGACUGAGCCAUAAACUGUUUCCAGUGAAACUUUUCUUUCCAAAUAUUGCAUUUUUCGAUGCUUACAAUUAGACGGUGAUAGAUGAAAUUGUUAAGGUGCACUUCUUAUAGCGUCGAGCGACAGACGUGCGCGACAGCAUGCCGUAUUCUGUACUAUGCUUUAUUUAAAGUCAAAAAUAAACUAUUCACUUAAGCCUAGUACUCACUAGCGAGUUGUAACCGUAACCGUACAGAAUAUACUGGUAACAAGAUUCUCAUGCCCACAAUU